AUGAGUCCAAAGGCAGCAGCUAAGUGUGCAAAAAAGAGCAGGCCAAAAGUUACUGAAGAAGUCAAUUUAUAUGAUGUUGGAGAAGAGCAAAAAUCACCUGAAGGCUGAAUAAAGCUUGAACUUAAACAUACUUUAUGGAAGCAUGGGAAUUUUGAUAUCGUAAUCAGAACUGAUACUACAAUUGAUUGAAUAAACCGUCAAAUAGUGAGCAGUUGUGGAAGGUGUGACAGAGUAAUGCUGUAUACUGGGGAUCCUACUCAAUCUUAUAAUCUGGUCAAGAAUCCGCGACAGACAAUAGGAAAUCUGCUGCAAACAUUUGGCUGUGAAAACAAAGAGACCCCAGAAACUUAUUCACUAUUUUAUGACUUCGAGCCAUAUCAUCCUGAUGAGCCAGUUCUUUUGGCAUAA